GCGACAAUGAUAACCCGGAAGUGUGCUGUCAACAGCAGCGGCAGAAUUAACUCUGUCAGACACGAUGGCUUGUAACAGCGGUUCUGGAUGCUGUCCGAGCUUCUCCUACACGGUCCUUAAGUUCCUGCUGUUCUUCUACGCCUGCAUCUUUUGGUUAAUAGGCGGGUUUAUCCUGGCUGUCGGCAUCUAUGCAGAGGUGGAGAGACAACGCUACAAGACCCUGGAGGGCAUGUUUUUGGCUCCAGCCAUAAUCCUGAUCCUGCUGGGAAUCCUCAUGUUUAUUGUUUCAUUGAUUGGUGUCCUGGGUUCACUGAGGGAUAACCUGUGYCUACUGAGAGUGUUUUUGUAUAGUCUGGCAGUGUGUCUGAUCCUGGAGCUGAUGGGAGGAGUCGUGGCUCUCCUGUUUCGUAACCAGGCAACAGAUUUACUGAACAAAAACAUCAGAAAAGGCAUUGUCAAUUACUACGAUGACCUGGACUUUAAAAACAUCAUGGACUACGUUCAGAAGAAGUUUGAAUGUUGUGGGGCCAAAGAUUUCGAGGACUGGAAAGUCAACAUGUACCACAACUGCACUGCACCUGGUCCACUAGCCUGUGGGGUCCCGUAUACCUGCUGCCGGACCACUAAGCCUAAUGAAGUAGCCAACACUAUGUGCGGGCACAAGGCGCUGGAGAAAGAUCGGCUGGAUAUAACAAAUGUCAUCUAUGUGAGAGGCUGCACUGAUGCGUUCUUCAUCUGGGUGAUGGACAACUAUAAGAAGAUGGCCAUCCUGUUGUUGGUUAUUUUCCUGCCUCAGUUCUUUGGCGUGAUCGUCAGCCAGCUGUACAUAAGUCAAGUCCAAGAGGAAGAAGCUCGUAUGGAUGAGGAUCUUCUUCCAAAGAAGCAGGCCCGUGUUGCCAAAUGGUUCCAGUGUAUGCCAGACAAGACAAGAAAUCCUGACAAGCAGUUAAGAUUUGACCCUUAGAUUUAGUAAACAUUUUUGUAGGGCUCAACUUUUUUUUUUCUUUCUGUGUGUCUUUUGUACUACAAAUAACUAAUGACUGUGUUUUACAUUCUACCAACAGAAAAUAUAAAAAUAAAACUGUUGUAAAUGUCUUUUUACUGGAUCUGCAUAGUGCCUCAGACAGUCUCAGGGAUUAAAUUCCGGAACAUAUUUACCCUCUUUAUGUAAAGUCUGAUGACUUUACAUGCAAAAAUCAAAGUAGCAUUUGUUUAAAAGGCUGAACAAAUUCUGGUGUCAAAUGUUCAACGAUCCAUCUGAACCUUCAUGAGGUGUCCGGCUCAUUACGAGUAAAUCCUCCAGCAGGAAAAACUAAAUGUUUGUGUUCUCUAAUAAGAUGACGUGCACACAAAUGACUAACUUUCAAUAUUUUCUGACAUAAAUUUAAGCUUUUGCAAAAAGAAAUACAACAUUGAAGUGAUCGAAUAAUUUCUUUCCAAACUAUCAAAUACUGUAUURAACUUUAGCAAAGUCUUAACUGUUUUUAAUUAAAUAUGUUUUGUGUUUAAAGAAAGCAAUGCGUUGUUUAAAAAUGAAUGCUAAUAAUGUGGUUCUGCUGUUCCAAUACCUCAGGGUUAUUGUUCAACAUAUUAGACUUGAAUAAAAUAAAAAUGUUUGUUAAAAUGUAUAAUUACUGGAUCUGGAAAAGGAUUAAUAAUGACAUUUGGUUUCCUAAAGUCUUUAAACCUUUGUGCUUUUUAAACCCAGCAGCAACUCAGACCACUUUUCUACACUCUUGUUUUUAAUAUUUGAGUCAGAGCAUGUAAAUGGUGCUUUUUUUGUUUUGUUUUGUUUUGUUUUGUUUUUUGUUUUUUGACAGUUUGAAUCAAGUUGUCUAUAAACCUUGUUUGAAUCUUUAUUGCUUGUCAGGUUUACAGAAUAUAAAUUCACUCUAAUUUUCUUUUACCUUGAAAAGGUGUCGUGUUUAACUGUCACAUGUUCCUUUUAUUUUGAAGGUUUGACAUUUAGAUCUUUUGUGUGGGGGUGUUCAUUUGGAAACCGAUUAAAUAUAUAAUUAUCAUCAAA